UUUGCUUUAAAACAGACCCCGGAAUAGGAAAAAGCGAGAAUUUCAGAAACCGGGGAUCAACUCGACACAUCUUUAUUUUUCAUCUUUAUCUACAUUCUUCUGUAAGGAAACAGCACAGUGCACAGAAAACCUCCCCUCAGCCCCCCGAAAAUGACCGAGACGGAAACCAGGGAACGCCAGCAGCACCGCGGCGGCGACAAGCAGCAGAACGGCGACGCCGUGGCAGAAUUACCGACGACGACGACGGCGACGGCGGAUGAUGUUUUCGACGACACCUACAAGGAGAAAGAGGGACCCAAACCUCCGAGGAUGCUGGUGUGGAGAAACAUCAUCCUCAUGACGCUGCUGCACACCGGCGCACUUUACGGACUCGUCCUCCUUCCCUCCGCCUCGGCGCCAACUCUCGCCUGGACGGUAGUGUGCUACCUCCUCAGUGCCCUCGGCGUGACUGCCGGCGCACACAGAUUAUGGAGCCACAAAUCCUACAAGGCUUCAUUCCCCCUGCGAGUCUUCCUCGCCCUCGCCAACUCGAUGUCCUUUCAGAAUGACAUAUACGAGUGGGCGAGGGAUCACCGCGUCCACCACAAGUACUCAGAGACAGAUGCGGACCCCCACAAUGCCCUGCGGGGAUUCUUCUUCUCCCACAUCGGAUGGCUGCUGGUUCGCAAGCAUCCCGACGUCAUCGAAAAGGGAAAGAAGCUGGAGCUGUUGGACCUGAAGGCAGAUGAAGUGGUUAUGUUUCAGAGACGUCACUACAAGCUCUCUGUGUUGCUCCUCUGCUUCGUCGUGCCCACCGUGGUGCCCUGGUACUUCUGGGGUGAAUCCUUGUCCGUGGCAUACUUCGUCCCCGGGCUCCUGAGAUACGCCGUUGUGCUCAACGCUACCUGGCUGGUCAACAGCGCUGCACAUUUAUGGGGCAACAGGCCUUACGACACCACCAUCAACCCGAGGGAAAACCCGCUCGUUGCUUUCAGCGCCAUGGGGGAAGGCUUCCACAACUACCAUCACACAUUCCCCUUUGACUACUCCACCAGCGAGUUCGGCUGCAAGCUCAAUCUCACCACUGCCUUCAUAGACACCAUGUGCUUCCUGGGUCUGGCCAAGGAGUGCAAGAGGGUGUCCAAGGAGAUUAUCACGGCUCGCGUUCAGCGGACGGGUGACCGCAGCAUCAGGAGUGGCUGAGUCCCAUUCGCCUGCGAACUCGAUUGCAACUGAUACCGACAUGUCGAACCGAGACAGAACGUAGCCACAGGUAUAGCAGCAUUUCAGUGGUGGGGUGGUGAUUGCCAUGCUUCUGAUUAUAAGUUAAAACUCCUCCUGAGAUUAAUACUGGCUUCAAAGAGCUAUUGACCUUUUUCAUAAAAUUGUGUGGGUCUCUUAUAAGUUUUGAAGUGUCCUCACUGACUAUUAGCCACAGCCGGCCCCUUUGGCGGCACGUGCAAGCACAGCUUUUUUUUCACCAUAAUAUCAAAACAGGCACAAAGAGAAUGAAGGAGACUAAGUAAGGAUUUAAGUCUUCUUUUUGGCAGUGGUAGGACAGACAGCCAAACUGGUCUGUGUGAGCGCUGUGUAAAAGCCGAUAUUACAGAAUAAUUUACUGUAUCUCUUAUUUAUUAAUGUGCUAUUUAUUAACAGUCUUUGGCACUUUUUGAGAGCUUUAUGAAAAUCUUUAACAGUGUGGUGUUUCUACAAGCCAGACUGAGGGCCUUUCACUCUGAACUUCUGUCAGUGCUUUGUCCCAUUCCAAAAGGAGUGGAGCUUAAUCCUUGUAUUUGUCUAUUUUUCAUUUUCGUUUUUGUAAGCUCGUAGUCUUACUAAAAAGAAGCUGCUAUGUUCAAGGCCGAUAUUUCAAGGGCCCGUUUAUCAUAGAAGAGUGACCCUGGCUGAAAGUAGGGAUGCGUUCACACCCACUGUCUCCAAACUGCCUGAGGGUCUCUUGAUGAGGAUUGAUGAGGAGCGCUCUGGCGUAGCAUCGCAUAUACGUUGAGCCGCCUCACACUUCGUCAUUAAUCCUCCUCAUUCAGAUGCUUCUGAACUGAAACACAGAACCAGACUGCUCGCUCUUAAUCUGAAGAGACUGAGGUAUUUGCAUUUAUUUUGUAUUGGGUUUAUAUACAGUAAGUUGUUUGAUUCCCUCUCCCUCAGAUAAGGCCAAUGACGCAGGUGUAAGAGGUGAAUUUACCUUUUGUGCUCUGUGAUAUUACUGAAACAUGCCAGGACUCUUGACCAAAUGCCUUACGAGGGUUGCACAUCUGUUUAAGAAAAUAAAUAAACUAAAAGUGGGAGUUAUGAAAAAGAAUUAGUGCUUACAUUUUCUGUCUGAUCUCGGCUGUGUGGUAUCUGUUUAUAAGGAAAACUUGAAAAACCUGUUGUCCCCUAUUUAUAUUGAAAAAAGAGGGACCUUUCAACAAAACAAUGCUUUUGAACUAUGAUUUCAUUUUUCUGUAUCAAAUACUUUGCUCUUAUACAAGAACCAAACUAGUCAUGAAUAUCAUUAACAAUACUGUUGUAAUACUUGUCCAACUUCCUCUUUUACAGAGCAAAGUUUUUUUUUUUUUUACAGUGUUAACUUCUUCAACUUUGAAUGCCUUAAAAUGGCACAGUUUUUUCAAAGAAUGUUUUUGCCCGCAGUAUGUGUACAAUGAAUAAAACCAAAUUUUCUACUUGUGUAAAGUAUGUUUUGCUGGUUUUGUUGGAAUUCUGUAAUAUUCCUUAUUCGUAUACUGAAUAAAAAAAUAUGAUCAUA